CCGCGCCAUCGCCAUCUGUCUCUCCCGGCUCUUCUGCACCUCCGGUUGUUUUUUACCAAUCGGCAGCUUCGUGCCCACUUCCUGAAGGGCGAGGUGAAGCAGAGGAGGGGAAGCGGAAAGCCAUGGCGAUCGCCGCAUGCAAGGCGGCGGCGGCGCUGCGCGGAGUGUUUGUCUCCCUCCAGUCAAAUAUGCAGCAGCCAUCGUGCGACAGACAGGAAGAUCCCAUCGUCCUGUCUAACCCCAGGGCAAGGGGAGCGUCUUGUCAAAGUCUGGGGUCCUCGAGAGGGCAGUGGGCAGGACUCCAUACCAUCGGCGGCGUCGGCGAGCUAAGGGGAAAGCGCCAGCGUGCUGCGCGGGAUGGCGAGAAGGGGAGGAGCCGUCAUGCAGGGGGCGUUUGUUGCGCGCAGGCGGCAGAGACUCUCACCUCUGGAUCUGGCGAGGGGGAAGCGGCAACCACCCUGUCCGAGCGCGUUGUCUUGCCGGCGGACGACUGGUCGCCCGACAGCUGGAAGGAGAAGGAGGCUGCCCAGCAGCCCGAGUACCCGGAUCAAGAACAGCUCGAUGAGGCACUGCGGGCGCUCGAAAGUCUCCCGCCACUGGUGUUCGCAGGAGAGGCGAGGAGUUUGGAAGAGAAGCUGGCACAGGCGGCAUUGGGAAAAGCGUUCCUCUUGCAGGGAGGUGAUUGCGCUGAGAGUUUUCGUGAGUUCCGCGCAGACAAUAUACGGGACACGUUUCGCGUCUUGCUUCAGAUGAGCGUCGUGCUUAUGUUCGGCGGCAGCAUGCCGGUUAUCAAGGUGGGACGCAUGGCAGGGCAAUUUGCAAAGCCUCGCACCGUGCCUUAUGAGAAUGUUAAUGGCAAGCAGAUUCCUAUCUACAGGGGUGACAACAUCAAUUCUGACGUCGUUGACGAGAAAGCUCGGAUUCCUGAUCCGAACAGGAUGAUUCAAUCCUACAACCAGUCUGCUGCAACACUCAAUCUUUUGCGGGCAUUUGCUCUUGGAGGCUAUGCCGCUAUGGAGCGUGUCUCGAUGUGGAAUCUGGACUUCAUGACUCAGAAUGCGCAAGGAGAUAGGUACCGUGAGUUAGCACAGCAUGUGGAUGAGGCCCUUGCCUUCAUGGCUGCGUGCGGCAUAGAUGGGGACCACCCUGUCAUGAAGACAACAGACUUCUACACCUCCCAUGAGGCCCUCUUGCUCCCCUACGAGCAAUCGCUGACACGUCUAGACAGUACAACGGGGAGGUGGUAUGACUGCUCUGCUCACAUGGUAUGGGUUGGUGAGCGCACCCGUCAGCUGGAGGGUGCACAUAUUGAAUUCCUUAGGGGUGUCGGCAACCCCCUUGGUGUGAAGGUGAGUGACAAAAUGGAUCCACAAGAACUGGUGCAGCUUUGCAAGAUUCUGAAUCCGACAAACAAGCCAGGCCGCCUCACUGUGAUUGUUCGCAUGGGUGCGGAGACCUUGCGCAACAAGUUUCCUUCACUGAUCCGGACUCUGAGGAAAGAGGGGAUAGUUGUUGCUUGGGUUUGUGACCCCAUGCACGGUAACACCAUCAAGGCUCCCAAUGGACUGAAGACACGACCAUUUGAUGCGAUACGAGCGGAGUUGGGCGCAUUUUUUGAUGUCCAUGAACAGGAGGGGAGUCAUCCUGGAGGUGUUCAUCUGGAGAUGACAGGUCAGAAUGUGACUGAGUGCAUCGGGGGAUCAAAGGAGGUCACAGUGAACGACCUAAACUUCCGCUACCACACACAUUGUGAUCCUCGGUUGAAUGCUUCGCAGUCAUUGGAGCUUGCCUUCUUGAUUGCUGAGCGCCUCAGAAAGAGAAGAGGUGGAAACCGAGAAUUUCAAAGAGAUUCUCAUUGAGAAGGGACCCAAAACCCUGGCCCUGGAAAAGGUGAGAUCAGAGAUUACAGAACAGAUUCAGCAAAGAUGGUAGGAUACGAAAUCACAACUAGUUCUUUUUAGACAAGUUGGUGAUGCUAGGAGAGAGUGAUCACAACAUUUUGCACAGACUGGGUAGGAGGGGAGAGAGAAGGGUGGAUUGCCAAGGUGGAAUGGAGUGGGGAUGGGAGAUGGACAGCGGGAUUUGGAGGAAAUGAGAGAUUACUGCCUAGUCUUUAAAGACUGGACAAAUAUGGAGAGCCCUCGUAGUGAGUUCUCACUAUGCCAUUCCCCCGAUUUCCCAGACCCCUUCCCAACGCAUGCCCUUUCCGUAGUGGAAAUUCUGUCCUGAAAAUGCCUAAUCGUGCAUCCCCACACCUACACAUGCUUACAAUGGAGUUCCUCUCUGGAGCCCCCCGGGGAGGACCCCACUUGCCUACAGAACCACUUGUCAUAAUUACUAUCCGCUGCUCAGUUAACCCCCCAACCUUCUGGGGUAGUCAAUGCUGGCAGCAACAUCUGAAAUUCGGAGCUGACAUAGGUUAGCAUUUCUUGCAUUCUGAGUACUUCCUAUAUUCAUAUACAAUGGGACAAAAAAAAAAAGGUGUAUAUUGGGACGCUGGACCCGGUUUCCAGCAGGUGAUGCUCCCCACCAAUAGAUGGAGCGGCCCACCAGGCAAAGCCUCAAUUCCAUUUUUUUUUAUUUUUUAUUUUUUUAAACAUCGCCCUUUCUCAGAUCAUGCUAAUGGAGGUGAUAGGAGCAUCCCCCAUUAGCAGACCCCGUUUUGGAUGGCUUCAUCUAUUAGUGGGGAGCAGCACUUGCUGGAAAGCGGGUCCAGCGUCCCAUCAUACAUUUUGGAAACCUUGAAACAGAGAUGCUGUGCUACUCGUACUUGUGAGCCUUCUACUCCAUUGUUCACAGGCUAGACACCCGGUGUCAAUUUAUUCUCGUGAGAUUUUCCUGUCAGUUGCCACACUGAGUUAGGCCUGUGAAUGGUUUCUGUUAUGCCCUCAUAUCUGAUAAACCCUCUACCCUCUG